AUGGAGUUGCCAUUCACAGAACAAGAACAGCGGUUUCUCCUUGCAGAAGUGAUCAAGACAAGUUCUAUUCCGCCAGAAAAGUUGUUGGCGUUCCUGAGUGAAAGUAACGUCAGUCCAAACUGGAUGUUAAUGCAGGUUCCCCAAGGACGAAACUUAGCAUCUUGUAUACAUACUUUUGAUAGUAUCGCUGGUCGAACUUACAAUAGUUUGACGCCGCAACUACCCUCCGCUUCAUUAUUUUCCAGUGACUCUCCUGGCUUCCAGAACAAACGCAAGUCUAUUUCCGAUCUUGAAUUGACAGCUCCCGACUCUUCUCGAAAGCGACGAACUCCAGGUUUAGAUGUUGCUUCUACUCAGCGCAACAUUCAGCCCAAGCCGGCUGCGAAUGGCUCGUCAAACUCGUUCUCCCCGCAAUUUGCAGGCCAAAUACCGAAAAAGCGUGGUCGACCUUCUAAGACCGAUCUCAAGAUUCGACAGGCUGAAGAGAUCGCGCGUGGAGAGCGAAUAGAUUCACUUGCAACUUCCAAGGGGCCAAUCGAGUCUCCCAUUACUAGUGGUAGAGAUAUCACCUUAAAAAGCAUUUUGUCCUCGGCACCCAUCGCUACCCUAGCUCAAAAGUCUGAGCCAAGUGCAGUCAAUUCUACUGGUGAUAAAAUGGAUUCCAGUAAAAAGAGGCGUGGCCGACCAACCUCCAGGUCUUCAAAUGUCCCUAGGACAGGCGAAGGCAGCUUCCCCAUUCUCCCUGCCCAGUUUCCGCAACGAAUUCAAACACCGCCACAAUUCGGUAUUCAUCAGACAUUUGAUAGAUCUAUGAGAGCUAAAUUCCAACCAGAGCCUCGUGAAGCUCAAAUUACUCGAGACAGCCAAGGCCAUGGGACGCAAUUUAACAACCAGAGCAAUGUUGAAGGACGUCAAAUGCAUGCUAGUGGCGAAGCAAACAACAAAGAGCAGCAGGAAAUGCAAUAUAAAGGCACAGAUAUUUUGGGAAACCUGAAGGACAAUUAA